CGCCGCCCGGAGCUGCUCUGGUCACGCCUCACCCCGGUAACCUCGCAUGCGUCUCGCCUGUGUUCCUUGAAGGGUGACCUUCUCUGCCACUCUCCUUGAAAGGCGUGCUUUUGUUUUUACUUUUCUUUUUAGAUAGUCGAUAUGGCAGGCGUGGCGGGCGUAGAUAGCCCGGGGAUGCGCUGGGUAUCGCUGUGACAAGGGGCAGAUCUCGGCGGCCAGCUGUGGCGCUGCUGCGGGCAGAUAAUGCUCGGCAAACUGUCGGGAGAGCAAACGGAGACCCGCCGAUACCAUCAGUGCGGCAUUAAGCUGUGGCUGUAAAUAAAUGUGCAUCCUGUGUUGCUGUUGCUCGGAUUACUUUUAAAGAGACUUUUCAGCAUUUUGGGCGCACGGUAGUUACCAUGAGCUCGGGAAUCCUUGUGGGCUCGGCGAUAUGGCAGGACAGCAGCCGGCGUGUGGCUCACAGGCUGACGCCGCUGCUGCGGGGGACGCGCUUUGCUUCUGUAGCCGCCAGCCUCGGAGCACAUCCAUGGCCGGCACCGGGGCCCCGGACUCCUCUCAGGUUAAGGAUCGGGGGCCGAGCCGCUGGAAGCGUGUCCGGGGUGCUGUCGGUGUCCCGCCCGGGUGCCGGCCUCCAGUGGCACAGGCUGACAGCCCCGUCACCUUUCUGGCUUUCCGCCUGCUUCUACGGCACAUCAGCCAGACAGGCGCUGGCGGGGCAGCAGGAGCAGAAGAAAGGGGACGUCAGAAGUCAGCCGGCGGUGCAGGCGAGCGCAAAGAUCAGCCGGUUACCCUCCGACGACCUCCGCAGGAUCCUGCGGCUCGCCUAUCCGGAGCGCUGGAGGCUGGCAGCGUCUGUGAGCUUCCUCCUCGUCUCCAGCACGGUCACUAUGUCAGCACCCUUCUUCUUGGGCCGGGUGAUCGACAGCAUCUCUACGAGCUCUGGGACAGAAUUCAAUGCCUCGCUCACGUCCCUCUGUGCCAUGCUGACCGGGGUCUUCCUCAUGGGGGCUGCCGCCAACGCCGCCAGGGUCUAUCUCAUGCAGAUCUCCGGAGCGCAGAUUGUGAGAAACUUACGCGAAUCCCUUUUUUCCUCGAUUUUGAGGCAGGAGUUGGGCUUCUUCGACGCGACGCGCACCGGCGAGCUCGUUAACCGCCUGUCGGCUGACACGACGCUCGUAGGGCGCUCUGUCACCGACAAUCUCUCCGACGGGCUCCGAGCCGUCGCCCAGGCAACGGCAGGAGUCGGCAUGAUGUUUUACGUCUCCCCCAGUUUGGCUUCUUUCGUGUUGAUGAUAGUGCCCCCGGUGGCCUUGCUGGCUGUGGUGUACGGGAGGUACCUGCGCUCCCUCUCCAAGCGCACGCAGGACGCCCUGGCAGAUGCCACGCAGCUGGCCGAGGAGCGAAUCGGCAACCUGAGGACGGUGCGUGCCUUCGGGAAGGAGCUGGCUGAGGUGGAGAAGUACGGCGAGAAGGUGGAGCACGUCCUGCACCUGCUCAGGAAGGAUGCUUUGAUGCGGGGGGGCUUCUUCGGAAUGACCGGCCUGAGUGGGAAUCUGAUGAUCCUGAUGGUGCUGUACAAAGGCGGCCUCCUUAUGGGCAGUGAGAACCUCACCAUGGGCGAGCUCUCCGCCUUCCUGAUGUACUCCUUUUGGGUGGGAGUCAGCGUGGCAGGUCUCAGCUCGUUCUACUCGGAGCUGAUGAAGGGUUUUGGAGCCGGAUCUCGCCUCUGGGAGCUUCUGGAUAGAAAGCCUGAGUUUUCCAUCAACGAGGGUGUGGAGCUGAGGCUGGAGCAGCUGCGGGGGGAGCUGGAGUUCCGUGACGUGUCCUUCGCCUACCCCACCCGCAGGGACGCGCCCAUCUUCCAGCACCUGGACCUGGCGGUUCCGGCCGGCUCGGUCAUGGCGGUGGUGGGCUCCAGCGGCACGGGGAAGUCCACCCUGGUGUCCUUGCUGCUCAGGCUCUACGACACCGACUCGGGAUCGAUCACCAUCGAUGGCCACGAUAUCCGAGACCUGAGUCCCUAUUGGCUGAGAAAGCAUAUUGGCACCGUCAGUCAGGAGCCGGUGCUGUUCUCCUGCUCUGUCGCGGAGAACAUCGCGUAUGGGGCACCGGACCCCAGCCUGGUGACGGCCGAGGAGAUCCACCAGGCCGCCCGCAUGGCCAAUGCCCACGACUUCGUCCAGGACUUUCCCCUGGGCUUCGACACCGUGGUGGGUGAGAAGGGCGUGCUGCUCUCAGGGGGUCAGAAGCAGAGGAUUGCUAUUGCCCGAGCUUUGCUUAAGAAUCCUAAGAUUCUCCUGCUGGAUGAAGCUACCAGCGCCCUGGACUCGGAGAAUGAGCUGCUGGUGCAGGAGGCCCUGGAGCGGCUGAUGCAUGGGCGCACGGUGCUCAUCAUCGCCCACCGCCUGUCGACCAUCCAGAGUGCCGACGCCGUGGCGGUUCUGGGCCAGCGGCGCGUGCUGGAGUGCGGACCCCGGGUCCAGCUGCUGGCCGACCCACAUGGCCACUUCAGCAGGCUGAUGGAGAGGCAGGCGUUGCUGCAGAACGGCCACAAGCAGGCGCUGUAUGAGUAGGAGCCCCCCCCGGCCCAGGGUAGCCCCCCCCAUCCAUUUCUCCACAGUAACAUCAGGCUCUUUUCGACAUUUUGUACUAUUUCUGCUUUUUGUACUUGCUGGAAAAACUUGAAGUGGAUUAUCAUUUUUUAAUGUUUAUUAGUAGUUUAUUUUUUUAAAGGUGUUUUCAGGGAGGGCACCUUUAAGGGGGCUUCCCUCAUUCUCCUGUACAGAUCUCUAAAUGACCUGCCCUCCCAUGACUCUUACAUACAGUCUGGCGACCGGAGAGACAGAUGACGCACAUCUGCUAUUGGGACGUAGGCCUCCACCCAGCAUGGGGGGGGGGGUGGGUUGGAGUGUGUUAAUCUCACUGCUAACGAGGUGCCAUUAACGUAGCAGACACUGUGUUAAUCUCACUGGUAACGAGGUGCCAUUAACGUAGCAGACACUGUGUUAAUCUCACUGGUAACGAGGCGCCACUAAUAUGGCAAACAGCACCUUCAGGAUGGACUCGGGAUGCCAUAUUGAGAAUAAAAUCUCACUGUGCUCUCAGGUCAGAGGUCAGGCAGCCCCCCCCCCGGCUUUUGCCACCAUUCAUUUUCUAAAGACUAAUUAGCGUUUCUUUCAUGCUCUUCUGAUACCUGUUAGGUUCCGAUUGUUUCAGGGCUCUUACUUUCUGACUCACUCCAUCUGCGCCAAAGCCGCCGACGCCGACGUGCUGGGGUGGGACAUGCAGCCGGUGUCCAAAGGAGCCCCGAAUAGGACUGUUUGUGUCACAUUUAUCACCCAGGAGGGGGGUCGCGCCCAUGUCCAGCAGCUGCUCCUCGUGCCGGCCCAUAAAUUAGGAGUGAACCCCAGUUGAAGGCAUUAAUUACGUCCCAUAAAUGAUUGGACAGAGGACACUUUAAACCUCAUGCGAUCUGACGCACUGAGUUUUGGACUUAAGUGAGACGUGGACGGCCCAGUCAGGGCUGAUGAGGGGUCGGAACAGGGGGCCUUGCUGGGUGGGUUUCAUUCCAGAUUUAAAGACUGGACCGGCACUGAGAACCAUAAAACGUGAUCGGACUGCUGCUGCUCCACUGCGGAGAUCUGAUCGCCGUGGUCGGGAACCAAAAAUGCUGUCACUCCUGCAGAGGAAUGUUUAUGAUUUAUAAUGUUUUACUAAAGUUAAGAAUGUGCUUUUCAAAUUUCAGCUAUUUCACAGUAAAAGGCUGUAUUUGGAAAAAAAGUUACUGCGGUUGACAAAUGUCUAUUUUUAAGCUGAAUUACGAUAUGUGGAAGAUGAUUAUUUACGGAAUAAAGUUAAUUUAAAGCAAAGAUCUAUUUAACAAACAUAAGAGGAACAGGGAAAAAGUUGCCUUUGUAUUUUGUAAAAAUGCGUUUGUAAUGAGACCGUUUCGUUUGCCAGGGUGAUGGUUUUUGCUGCUUGGGUUAAUGAUAGACAAGAGACUUAAACCGAAGAUAUAAAUCUGACUUUUCUUUAAACUCCUUACAUUUUUAAGUCAAUGUAUAACAUAUAUCUAUCUUAGUGAUAGUUAAUCAACUAAUAAAAUUUGGAAGUAUAA